AUGCCCUCCUUGCUUGGAUGGUCCAUCCUGUUGUCUUCUGGGGUCGCAUUGUCCGUCUACCGAUUCCACAAGUCUCUCAGCAAGCGAGUUUCUCAUGAACAUCGCCAGGGUGCUUUUCCCGAGACUCUCCGGAACACGAUUACAUCGAUUCCAGACGCAGUCUUCUCAGACGAGUUUCAUUGUUUCCACGACCGAGUUGCUUCUCGAGUAUCACGACGGGAUCUUCCCUCGCAAGAUCUCUCAGAGCUCUUUGUGCUCCUUCUUCGCCGGAAUAUGACCGCGUUUGCGUACUUCCCGCAAGCGUAUAUUUUGCAUUUGAUCGCGACGCCGGAGAGGAAAUGUACGUUUUGCGAAUCGCAUAUACAGUCUCUCAGGUUUCAGGUAGGAGACGUGGUUAAUGGGAUAUACCGGGUAUGCGAGCGCGAGGACAACAAAGUAGUCUUCGCGAUUGACGCCAAGGGCCCUAUUGAAGGCAGACUGGCGAUUCGGUACUGGGAGGAAGAGGACGAGGUGGUUUACUGCAACGAGACGGCGAUGUGGACUCAGAAAGCGAAAGAGAACAAGAAACAGGCAACGCUACCGUUGGAGAGACCAGUGCUGAAAUUCUUGCACGAGUGUGCGGCGUGGUGGUUGUUGGAUUCCGGCACUCGGUACCUGACCGGAUUGCGAGAGUCUCCGGAGCAAUCAAAGAGUCAAUAG